UCGGCGUGAGAUCACAGUGCUGGUGCAGGGACCGCCGCUGGAAGCAAGGAAGGACUGGGGUCUCGAUGUGGACUUGAUGUGGCGACGCUGACUUGGCGCCUCCUUUUGUUCUCUUUUUCUUUCCUUUUGCUCUUCCACACGAGUGCUCCUCAGACAUGAAGAGCUGUGUGCCACACUGGACUUGUCUGCUCUUUGCCACUCUUACUCUUCUUCUCGUGCCACCAGGGAAAUGCCAGGACGGACAAAGCGGUGAUGACCUCAGCUGCUCCCACAAUGGUCAGGUGUACACCAACCGGGACAUCUGGAAACCUCAGCCCUGCCAGAUCUGCGUGUGCGACAGCGGGACCAUCCUGUGCGAUGAGGUCCAAUGUGAGGAGAUCCUGAACUGUCAGCAGCCGUAUAUUCCACCUGAAGAGUGCUGCCCUGUCUGCCAGGACAGGGGUGAUGGAGGCAGAGUGGGCAGAGGCUAUAAGGGCCAGAAAGGGGAGCCGGGUCAAGUCCCUUACGUCACAGGAAUUCGAGGCCGUCCAGGACCCAUGGGCCCUCCAGGCAGUCAAGGCCCACGAGGAGAACGCGGAUCCAAAGGAAGGCCGGGUCCUCGAGGUUCUCCAGGGUACGAUGGAGAGCCUGGCGUUCCUGGUCAGCCUGGUGAGCCUGGACCCCCUGGUCACCCCACACAUCCCGGCCAAGACAGGAGUCAGUUAGCGCCUUUCAUGGCAGGAGGUUUUGAUGAGAAGACUGGCCUGAGCGGACAGAUGGGGCUGCUACCAGGAUCCACGGGUCCUUCAGGACCAAGAGGAGCCCCUGGGCCAUCCGGUUCACCUGGUCCGAGCGGUCCACAGGGCUCACCUGGAGAAGCUGGAGACCCCGGACAAAUGGGGUCUGCCGGCCCACGCGGUCCAGAAGGUCCCAUCGGGAAGACAGGUGAAGAUGGAGAAGACGGAAAAUCAGGACAAGCAGGAGAAGUGGGAUUCCCAGGCUCCCCGGGUGCCAGAGGGUUCCCAGGUGCUCCAGGUCUCCCGGGUAUUAAAGGUCAUAGGGGAAUUCCAGGAACAGACGGGCCAAAAGGAGAGCCUGGUGCCACGGGUUCAAAGGGUGAAUCUGGACCUUCUGGUCAAAUGGGAGCAAAUGGUCCUGAGGGUACAAGGGGCAUGCCAGGGGAAAGAGGACGACCUGGACCUACUGGAGCAACGGGUACGCGUGGUCCAAUUGGCAAUGUGGGCAAACCGGGUCCAAUUGGCCCACUGGGCAUCAAUGGCUCACCAGGUUUCCCAGGAUCUCCAGGAACAAAGGGUGAAGCCGGACCCACUGGGGUACGUGGACCUGAGGGCCCCCAAGGACAGCGUGGUGAGACAGGGCCUCAGGGCCGAAUAGGCUCUCAAGGCCUACCUGGCACCGGAGGAACAGAUGGCGGCGGUGGGUCCAAAGGACCAACAGGAGUAGUUGGAGCUGCAGGUCCACCUGGAAUGCCUGGUCCCUUAGGUUCCCCUGGUCCUCAAGGCAGCAGUGGACCCCCUGGCGUCAAAGGUCAACCGGGAGAUUCAGGAGUUUCAGGCUUUAAAGGCGAGGCAGGACCUAAAGGAGAACCGGGUCCUCAAGGUGCACAAGGUGUAUUAGGGCCUCAGGGUGAAGAAGGGAAGAGGGGCCCCCGCGGUGAUCCAGGUUCAGUGGGUCCGCAAGGCCCUACUGGUGAGCGAGGUGCUCCCGGUAACAGAGGGUUCCCAGGGGCAGACGGCUUGCCAGGACCCAAGGGUGCACAAGGUGACCGAGGCAUUGUUGGGACCUCUGGUCCAAAGGGGGCUGGAGGGGACCCUGGACGCACAGGUGAACCGGGACUCCCAGGAGCAACGGGGCUGACUGGAAAUCCAGGAGUUCAGGGAGCAGAAGGCAAGCCAGGACCCCUGGGACCUUCGGGUGAAGAUGGCCGUCCAGGACCAGCAGGAGCUCAAGGCACCAGAGGACAGCCUGGAAUUAUGGGAUUACCAGGACCCAAGGGCUUUAAUGGGGACCCAGGGAAAACAGGCGAGCAGGGCUCUGCAGGCGUGCCAGGACAGCGGGGUGCACCCGGAAAAGAUGGCGAAGUUGGUCCCAUAGGCGCAACAGGCCCUCUGGGUCCAGCUGGAGAAAGAGGUGAACAAGGACCACCGGGCCUUACAGGCUUUCAGGGACUGCCCGGCCCACCAGGUCCACCUGGCGAGUCUGGGAAACCUGGAGAUCAGGGCAUUCCCGGUGAGGCAGGAGCGAUUGGCCAGACCGGACCAAAGGGAGAGCGAGGCAAUCCUGGUGAACGGGGUGAAAUGGGCCCUGCUGGUCUUCAUGGUCCCAAGGGCAUACCAGGAGCUCAAGGUCCUGACGGUCCUAAGGGCAGCCCUGGUCCUUCUGGAGCGGUGGGGGAUCUCGGACCCCCAGGUCUACAGGGAAUGCCAGGGGAGCGAGGAACUUCAGGUCCCAAUGGCCCCAAGGGUGAAAGGGGGUCCAUCGGUGAGAAAGGCUCAGAGGGCACACCUGGCAAUGACGGUGCACGGGGUUUGCCAGGUCCCCUGGGACCCGUUGGACCACAUGGCCCAUCUGGAGAAAAGGGAGAACCAGGACCCCGUGGUCCUCCAGGGCCCCCUGGAUCCCGUGCCAGCCCGGGGUCUCGUGGUGAGCCCGGUCCCAUUGGUGCUGUUGGCUUUGCUGGUCCUCCCGGCCCUGAUGGUCAGCCUGGAGUCAAAGGGGAGCCUGGUGAGCCAGGACAGAAAGGUGAUGCAGGAUCUCCAGGUCCACAAGGCCUUGCUGGAUCUCCUGGACCCGCCGGCCCAGUUGGUGUGGCUGGACUGAAGGGUGGACGUGGAACUCAAGGUCCUCCUGGUGCUACUGGAUUUCCUGGCCCUGCUGGAAGAGUUGGUCCCCCUGGCUCCACGGGCCCAGUAGGAGAGCCUGGCCCCCAAGGAGACCCUGGUAAAGAGGGACCAUCAGGUCUGCGAGGUGACAAUGGACCACCUGGGCGUCUUGGAGAGCAAGGCCCAGCAGGUCCCCCUGGCAGCCCAGGAGACAAAGGUGACUCUGGAGAGGAUGGUCCAACUGGUCCAGAUGGUCCUCCAGGUCCUGCUGGAACAACUGGACAGAGAGGAAUUGUUGGUUUGCCUGGUCAGCGAGGGGAACGUGGAAUGCCUGGCCUUCCUGGACCAGCGGGACCACCUGGAAAACAAGGCUCACCUGGAGCAUCAGGUGAUAAAGGUCCUUCAGGACCAGUGGGACCCCCAGGAGCAAAUGGUCCCAUCGGAGACCCCGGCCCAGAUGGACCCGCAGGACCAGAUGGCCCCCCAGGACGUGAUGGAAAUGCAGGCGAGAGGGGAGAUCGUGGGGAUUUGGGACCAGCAGGCCUUCCAGGUACUCCUGGUGCCCCUGGAUCCCCAGGUCCCGUCGGACCCACAGGUGAACCUGGCCGUAGAGGUGACCCUGGUUCUCGGGGACCAAUGGGCCCACCCGGUACGGCAGGAAAGCGAGGCCUACUCGGUCCUCAAGGUCCUAGGGGUGACAAAGGAGACCAUGGUGAACAAGGAGAAAGGGGCCAGAAGGGCCACCGAGGGUACACUGGACUGCAAGGCCUCCCCGGCCCUCCCGGUAGCACUGGUCAGCAAGGUGCUCCUGGAAUCACUGGACCGUAUGGGCCAAGGGGUCCACCAGGUCCAGUUGGCCCACCUGGCAAGGAAGGACAUAUUGGAAAUCCUGGGCCAAUGGGGCCUCCAGGCACACGGGGAAUAAGUGGAGAUGUAGGCCCAGAGGGUCCACCAGGUGAAGAAGGACCACCCGGGCCUCCAGGUCCCCCCGGCCCACCUACUGCUGCUUUGGACGACUUUCUGGGACCUCAAGACUAUGAUGUUGGGCCUCCACCACCCCCAGAGUUCAGUGAGGAUGAGGCACUUCCCAACAGCAAUAAAUCCGAGCCCCUAAAGGCUGACCCUGGAGUACAUGCCACCCUUAAGGCCCUGAGCAGCCAGAUUGACACCAUGCGCAGCCCCGACGGGACCAAGAAGAACCCGGCGAGAACUUGCGAUGACCUAAAGCAGUGCUAUCCUUUGAAGAAGAGCGGAGAGUAUUGGAUUGAUCCCAACCAGGGCUGUGCAGAGGACGCCGUCAAAGUCUACUGCAACAUGGACACCGGCGAGACAUGCAUUUCGGCAAACCCUUCCAGCAUCCCACGCAAGACCUGGUGGAGUGCUAAAGCUGCAGAUGCCAAGCCAAUAUGGUUUGCGGCCAACAUGAAUGGUGGCUCUCAGUUCCGCUAUGGCAGCGCUGACCAGUCCUCUAACACCAUCACCGUCCAAAUGACCUUCCUGCGCCUGCUGUCCAAGGAGGCCUCUCAGAACAUCACAUACCACUGCAAAAACAGCGUGGGCUGCCUGGACGACAAAACAGGGACACUCAAGAAGGCUGUGGUCCUGAAGGCAGCCAAUGACUUGGAGCUGAAGGCUGAAGGAAACAGCCGCUUCCGGUACACGGUCCUGGAGGACAGCUGCUCUAAAGCCAGUGCCACCUUGGGCAAGACGGUCAUCGAAUACCGGACCCAGAAGACAGCGCGCCUGCCUAUUAUGGACAUCGCUCCUGUGGACAUCGGUGGGUCGGAGCAGGAGUUCGGCCUGGACGUGGGGCCCGUUUGCUUCUUAUAAAAAGGCAGGACGGACACUGAAGGGGAGGACCAGAGACUUGAGAAGUGACGGCGGAGCGCGCCAGCGCUGUACAUAGGGCAGCCGGGGACCUUGCCCCUUCCUGGCCGCAGCAGAUAUUUAUUGUGCCUUUUGAACCUUCUCACCGCUGCGGAGAGCUCACCUUCAAGGGCGGAAGACCCCUGAGCUGCCGACUGCUAUCCUUUUGUUUUAGAUUUUUUUUUUUUAUUUUUAUUUUGUUUUUUUGGAUUUUAUUUUUUGUUCUUUAAAUUGGUGCUAUCAGGAAAUCCUCAUCCAUUUCCAAUGUGUCGUAGAUUUAAUUGUUCCUUGUUUUAGGAAAUCAGGAAUUGUUUCUGAGGUCAUGCGAUUGCAUGCAAAAAUAAAAAAAGAUGAAAAAAACUGUAUUAAAAUCUAAUCAUAAAGAAAAGCGAUAAAUUGUAUAUUUAUGUAUAAAA